AAAUAUCGUAUUGUGCCUGUGCGUGUAUAUGUGUGUAUAUAGAUAUGAAAAAGAUAUUUUAAAUUUACCUUGUAAUCGAUUAUAAUUUAAUAAAGCUAAUAUAUUGUAUUAAUUAAAUAUAUUAAAACUUGCGCUUAUACAAUCCAUAACAUAUUCAUAUCAAACAUCUAAAUACCAUAAUACAUUUCCAUUUUUACAUUAACUUUUAUGAUGAUGCUAAAACACAUAGUCAUAGGUGGUGGUACAGGUUUUAUUGGAACACAGAUAAUAAGUUCAUUAUCUCGUAAAGGAGUUCCUUAUACAUGUAUUUCUCGCAUGCCUGGGCCAAAUCGAAUUUCAUGGCAUGAUUUGGAAUGUUAUGGUUUACCUGAAAAUACAACUGCUGUAAUCAACGUUGCUGGUCAGAAUAUACUUGAUCCAAAACAGCGAUGGUCAGAAGGAUUUAAACAAAAUGUUAUAAAUAGUCGAGUAGAGACAACAAAAUCUUUAGCUAAAGCUAUAAUACAUACUAAAGCUAAUGCUUUUGUAACAAUUUCUGGAGUUUCUUGCUAUAAACCAAGUGAUACAGAAUACACUGAAGAAAGCAAAUGUGAAAAAUAUGACUUCCUAUCAGAACUCUGUCAUGAAUGGGAAGAAGCUGCACAACUUCCGAAAGAUAGCAAUAUCAGACAGAUCACAAUUAGGUCAGGAGUUGUAUUAGGAAAAAAUGGCGGUAUGAUUAAAGAAAUAUAUUUACCGUUUUUUUUUGGAUUGGGUGGCCCUAUUAGUAGUGGAAAUCAAUAUAUGCCAUGGAUACACAUAACGGACUUAGUAAAUUUAUUUUUGUUCUCAAUUGAGAAUGAGAGCGUAUAUGGUAUACUAAAUGGUGUUGCCCCCCAGAUUGUAACAAAUAAAGAAUUUACUAAGGCAUUUGCAUCUGCAAUGCAAAGACCUGCAUUUAUUCCUGUACCACGCAUUGUUUUGAAUAGCUUGUUCAAUAAAGAACGGGCAAAAAUUAUGUUGGAGGGACAAAAAGUUAUUCCUAAACGUGUCAAAGAAUUAGGAUUUCAAUACCAAUAUCCUGAUAUUAAUUGUGCUUGCGCUGAAGUACUUGGCAAAAAUAAAUAAUUAUAAAUCGAGAUUAGAGAGCUAAUUGAA